UCGCCUCUGUACAUCCUCCAGGCUCUCGGGAAGGCCUGUUUUCCCCCAGAGCUGCUAUGAGCAAGCGGAACCAGGUGUCGUACGUGCGGCCAGCCGAGCCGGCCUUCCUGGCCCGCUUCAAGGAACGGGUCGGCUACAAGGAAGGGCCCACCGUUGAAACCAAGAGAAUCCAGCCUCAGCUCCCAGAAGAAGAUGGUGAUCACAGUGACAAAGAAGAUGAACAGCCCCAAGUGGUGGUUUUAAAAAAGGGAGAUCUGUCAGCUGAAGAAGUCAUGAAAAUUAAGGCAGAAAUAAAGGCUGCCAAAGCAGAUGAAGAACCAGCUUCAGCUGAUGGAAGAAUUAUGUAUCGAAAACCAGUCAAGCGUUCCUCAGAUGAAAAAUAUUCGGGUUUAUCAGCAAGCUCAAAAAAGAAAAAGGCAAAAGAAGAAGAUGAAAUAAAUAAGCAGGACUCAGUUAAAAAGAACUCACAAAAGCAAAUCAAAAACAGUAGCCUCCUUUCUUUUGACAGUGAAGAUGAAAAUGAAUAAAUACAUAUUUUGGACUCCUUUAAGAAUAUAUGGGAUUUUUAAAAAAUAACAUCUUUUUUCCUAUUAUAAAGUAAUAUAAAUUCAUUGAAGAAAAUUUAGAAAAUUCAGAAAACAUUCAGCAAGAUAAAAACUGUAUCUGUCCAUCAAUACCCUUUUGACCUGAACUGCUAAUUCUCUAACAUUUAACUACCACUAACAUUUUAUUUCCUGAUGUGGGAUGUGUGUGUAUGUAAAUUAUAUUUUUGUAACCAAAUUUUUGCUGUAUUCUGUAUGUUCUCUGUCCUGCUUCUCACUUGACGUUGUAUCAUGAGCAUUUUUCCAGGUCAGUAAAAUUCAAAAUCAUGA